CCAGGGCACGCAGCACCCGCUAUAUACCAGGACACGCAGCACCCGCUAUAUACCAGGGAACGCAGCACCCGCUAUAUACCAGGACACGCAGCACCCGCUAUAUACCAGGGAACGCAGCACCUGCUAUAUAUCAGGGCCGCUUAUUUACAGCUUUUAAUUUUUUUUUUGUGGUUUGAUUUAUUUCUGUCCUUACCUCUUCCAUUCUGGCUUUGCUUGGUUUCUAGUGCUAUUGAAAAUAAUUCACAUGGCCGUGUGUGGACACCACAGUGAACAGGGACACAUAUAAAUCAUUAAACCUCUAUAUUUCACCUCAGAAAAGUAAUUAACAAAUCAAAACAGGUUAACUGCUACUGACAGAUGGUGGAGACCCACAGCCACCCAGCAACGGCCUCGCUUUCACCCAGUGAUGUUACUGGUGCCUCUGGACGUGUGAUUGUAAUUAGGAAUUACUGCAAAUGUUUAUUAAUCACACCACUUUGCAACACCUUUUACUGUUUAUGUUGACUUGCUGCCAGAAUCUUUUAAUCUCCAUGGAGCUGGAAGUGUGAGAUGUCAGCGCAAUGGACAAUGCAUUACAUUACAGUAGUAAUUAAUAUGCAGUGAUGUAUACAGUGCACUAUAGCUAUAUAAAUAUUUGUCAUUGUACAGAGUACAAUGAAAGUUUUGCUACCGUCGAAACGGUCCACUCACACACAACAUAGUAAUUAAACUGAGGUAUAACUGGAGUACAUUGUAGAAGAAAAAUUGACAUAUGAACAGUUUUGUACAUAAGACACAGGACAUAGCAUAGCAGCAUGAACCCUGUAUGGACAUGACAGACCAUAAAUAGAUGAGCUAUUGCACUGAGGAUGCUACCUGAUAUUGAUGUUGCCCAAACACUGUGCUAUCGUAUCACGUACAAGGUGUUGUAAAUGCAGUCACCAGUGCAGUGGCAUGUUAACACUUGCAGUGUUUUUUUAAUGUGACUAGUGCCCCAAAUUGACAAAUGAAUACUAUUGGAUGUGACACAAGAUAUAAUGACAAUAAACCACGUAUUAGAUAGAUAGAUAUAUGGAUGAAAAACUUUGGUGUAGAAGGUCCUAAUGAAACUGCACUCUUCGUAUCCCUCCACGAUAAGCGAUUGCUCGCCUGCUCUGAGAUACACAGCACAAGAGCACAUUCCUUCGGCCACUUUUCUCGACCAUGCUUCACGUCGCACUGAAAUCAUCUUUUUUUAACUGGUCUCAGAGGUGUAUGGCAACAGUGCCAACCAGUGCACCAACAUGGCGCCCUAUAAAACGACAUGCAUGAUGGGAGACUAAUGACACUAAUUAGAUGGAUGACUGGGCUGCAGCCUGCUGUAACUGGAUCAGCCCCCCCCUCCCGAUACCAGAGGAGUCCACAGCACAAGUCUCAAGGCAGGAUGGCAGGAAUUAACUCUGAUCUUUCUGGGCAGCUCUUGAAGAAACAUAUUCCAAGUCUGUGAGUAAGAUGGCCAAGAUGGCGAGCAAUGGAAGCCCUCUAGGGACUUUUGCCCCAAUGUGGGACCUCUUCCGCAUCUCCUCAGACAAACUGGCACUGUGCCACCUGGAGCUGAUGAAGAAGAUGAACGAUCUCCUUCGAGACAUCAACAAGUAUGGCGAGGAACAGGUCAAAGUUCACCGUAAGAUGAAAGAGACCGCGGUGGGAACGCUGGAGUCCGUCCAGGCCCUGCAGACGCACAGCAGCCAGCUGCACAAGGCCCGAGACGGCCACCUCUGCAGGCGCGCGGAGGUGGAGCGCCUACACCGCGAGGGCGCCCCCCAGAGGGACUUGGAGAAGGCAGAGCUGAAGUCUAAGAAGGCAGCUGCAUCCUUUUCCUCUUGCGUGGAGAAUUACAAGCAUGUGGGCAGUGACUUCGAGCUGAAGAUGAGUGAAUCUGCGCAGAAGUUCCAGGACAUAGAGGAGGCCCAUCUGCGGCAGAUGAAGCAGCUCAUCAUGUCCUACGUCCACUCCGUGGAGGACACGCACGUGCAGGUGGGACAGGUGUACGAGGAGUUCAAGCAGAACGUGGAGAACAUCGGCACUGAGAAGCUGCUGCAGCGGUUCGCUGAGCAGAAGGGCACUGGCAAAGACAGACCGACCUCGGCCAGGUUCGAGGAGCACGUUCCCGGCACGGCGCCCGAAGGGGCUAAGAAGACGCGCGGGAAGUCCUUCCGGAUCCCAGGACUGGGCAGGAGGGAUAAGGAACCUGGAACCACGGAUUUCACUCCUACAGAACCCCUGCAUUCCCAGGAGGUGGACGAGGAGGGCUUCGUGAUUCGGACCGACGGUCAAGGUGGCUGCCCCCAGGACAGGGAGGCCAACUUCUACUCUAGUGACUCAGACUUCGACGAUGACGAGCCGAAGAAGUUCCACAUUCGGAUCCGGCCGGCGAGCAGCGGCAGUCGGGGUAGCUCGGCGGCCCACGAGCUGGAGCUGAGGGCCACGGUGGGAGCGCUGAUGCUGCCCCCCAACAGAGGGAUGUCAGUGAGGAGACACCUCGUCCGGGCCACCAGCUGCACAGCAGACAAGAAAGGAGUGAAAGAGGGUGCCCCCCACGGAGAGCUCGGACAGGAUGGAUUGCGGAGGUCGGCUUCCAGUCCGGACCCCGGCAGAUUGACAGCAGGUUCCUGUUCAGAGACUCUAUUCGGACCGCCGCUGGAGUCCGCGUUUGCUGAUCCGGCCUUCUCUUCUGACUCCUCGUCCCCAGACAACGUGGAGGACUCGGGGCUGGACUCUCCUUCCCAUCAGCCCCUGGGGCUGUCCCCAGACCCAAACACGUGGGCGUCGUGGCCCAUCACCCUGCAGAGCGCGGUUCAGCCUGGGCCUGUCAGAGCGCCGGACACCGUCCUGACCACGUUUGGCAACCCGUCAUCCCGACAGACCCACCCGGAGCGGGAUGAGCCGGUGGGUGACCGGACUCAGGGACGCCGGUCUCCACAGCGCCCCCCCGCUCACCCUCCCUGUGUCCCAAAGACGGAUCCCCAGCAAUGGAACUGUAAACAGACUCUCUUGCUGGACUCCUUCCUCCGCACACAUAAAAGGAGUGCAUCCCCCGCCCCACCCCCACCCUCCCUGCCUCGAGAUGCCAGGGGGGGGCAGGCACGCCAGGACUCUACCUCUGUCCCCCAGAAGGACACGAGAGCGUUCCCGAACGCCUCCGCCUCCCAGAGAGAACAGGACAAGGAGACGACAAAGGAGUUCCCCAUUCUGGAUUCCCCCGAGGACCCCUUCUCCAUCACCAUGAUUGGCAGCCCUACGCACCAAUCGGCUUUGGCCGCUGCGACUGCCUGGAACAGCGGCAGCAGCAGCAGCAGCGGUAGCAGCAGGCUAACCUCCACCUCCACCUCCACCUCCGGCUCGGGGUCCCGGCCCAGAAAAGAUAUGAUGCGCUGGGGCUCUGUGCACAAUCCCUUCAGUGAGGGAGCCUCUGUCGGGGUACCGGGGGGGCUGCGGGACAGGGACCGGAGGUACCGGGCCUCGGACAGGGGGCCACGCAGGAACGCAACGUCUUUCGCAAGGAAUUCUGGGCCCCAGGAGGACCCGCGUGUCCCUGCGGACAAGGAGCAGAGUGGCUUCCAACUGGGCAGGCGGGCUGAGUGUCACCCUGCUUCUGGCCACAGCACCGACACGCCCCCUCAUCCACAGCGGGAAAAUGCUGAGCUCCUAUUGGCUGCACCACCGCAGCCAGCCAGAAUGCAGAGGGCCAAUGGCCUGCUGAGUGGUUGUCACAUGUCCAGGUCUGUGUGCUCCUCUCCGCUUGCUGACCCAAACCCCAUCCACACCUCAUCAUCCUCUUCCUCCAGCCCCAGUGAAUGGGGAUGUCAAGAGCCUAAUCACCGGGUCCGCAGUCCCACCCAGGCCACACUGCCGAUGCCCUCGGCCGGUUUGUCGCGAGGCCCCAGCCCCGUCUCCUUCACGACCCAGGAUGCAUUGCCUGUGGCUGCUGCCAUCACAGAGUACAUCAGCGCUUACUUCAGCGGGGGAGAGCACAGCCGCUGUCUGGUGAAGAUCACGGGCGACUUCACCAUGUCCUUCCCUGCUGGAAUCAUUCGCGUCUUUGCUGCUAACCCCAACAUCCCCGUCCUCAGCUUUCGAUUAGUCAACCUUGCACAAAUAGACCAACUCGUACCCAAUCAGAAGCUGCUCUACAGUGAACAGUCCCAAAGUGAGCAACACACCAGGGACUUCUGGUUCAACAUGCAGGCUCUCAGCAAUCACCUCCAGAGAGAGGCUGAACUCAAUCCCCAGGCCUUGUACCACAACGUAGGCCUGGUGAAGUAUCAGGUGUCGUCCCAGGACCCCUGUCGUGCCCCACUCCUGCUGUCCGCGGAGUGCCAGCGAGGGGGCACCGUCACCCGCGUCUCCCUGGAUUACCGCAGCCCGGGGCCUGGCGUGGCGCCGUCUGCCCAGCUGACUGGCAUCCAGGUGCUGCUGCCUCUGCAGGCCACAGCCAGCGACGUGCAGUGCCAACCACCCGCAUCCUGGAACGCUGAAGAAGGAUGGCUUCUGUGGAAACUGCCCAGCUUCUCCUCCGCCAAUCACAGUCAAGGCCCAGGCCGGCUGUGUGCCAGUUGGCAGUGCUCCGACCCCCCACGGGGACCGCCUCCCAGCCUCGGGGUGCAGUUCCUGGGUUCCGGAGCCUCCCUGUCCGGCCUGGACGUGGAGCUGGUGGGGAGCAAAUACCGGCUGUCCCUGGUGAAGAAGAGGUUCGCGACAGGGAAGUAUGUGGCAGCUUGUUCAGUGUGAGCGGCGCGGAUGCCUGGGCACCACAAAGCACUUUGGCCCCCUUCCUGUCCCCCCUGGAGGGGACGAGCAGUUGAAGAGGCUCCCGCCCCUCGAGGAUGCAGCCACACAAAAUUCAGCAGGGGG